AUGGAAAUAAAAUUCUUGCAAGAAGAAUUGUUGAAAAUACUUCAUCAACUUAGUAAGUUGAGAAGGAAGGGCUGGAAAAGUAAUUAAGGAAAUUAUGAAAAAACCUUGUCAAUUCAUGAACCAACUAAAUUUAUAGAAGAAGAAGUUAUAAUUAUGAGACAAGGAGGAAAAUAAGAGAGGAAAAUUAUAAGAAGACCAUUAGAUGAAGAUGAGAAUAUAGAAGAAGGAGAACAACUUUUAGAAGAUUUAGGUGAAGAAAGAUUGGUUGAUAAUGAUUUAUCUCUUACUUCUUCAAAGUGGAAGAAGAAUAAUGAUGGGAAUUAUGAAUAAUCAUUGGGAGUUGAACCAUCUUAAUAUAUAACAGAAGAAGUCUUAUAGGUUAAUAAUGAAACAGGAAUGAUGGAAAGAAAACUAGUAAGAAAACCGUAUUUGGGAGGAAAAGUACAAGAAGGAGAUUCAUUAAAUGAAGUAGAUAAGAAUGGAAACAAAGUGCUUUCUCGUAAAAUAGAAUCGAAUCUUUAACCUAAGGCAAGCAAAUAAUAAUGGUAGAAUGUUGGUAAAUAAGAAGAGAUCAUCUUAAAUUCAGAAGAACCUGAACAAUUUAUUGAAGAAGAAAUCAUUUAAAUCAAUCCAAAAACAGGAAAAUUAGAGAGGAAAAUUGUAAGAAAACCAUUAAACAAUGAAGAAAUAGAUAAUUUAUAGAUAGGAUAAAACUUAGAAGAAGAUUUAGGAUGA